UUCUGACCUAUACAAUAUUUUUAAUACAAAUUUAUAUCAAUAAUAAAUUGAGUUUUUGUAUAAUAACACAAGACUUUUUCAAAAAAUAAAAACAGAUAGAAAACUUAUAAAUGUAGCUUCAAAACAAAAUGGCGCAUCAUGUCAAGCUUCAUCAGAACAAGGAAAUUCAUAUUACUUUGCCUAUGCUUGUGAAAAUGCUUUAGAACCUAUUUGGACAACCAUUAAUGAUUGGGCUUCACAUUGUAGUGGCACUGAUUGUAAUCAAAGCUGGAUUCAAAUCAAUUUUAAUAAAUUAUAUAAUAUUUCUAAAAUUUGUAUUGUUCAAAGGAUUGUAAAAGAGAAAUUUCUUUCAAAUUCAGUAGAAAUUACACUUGGCAAUCAUGUUUCAAUAUACAGAACAAACACUUCAAAAAUGUGUAUUUUAUUAGAAGAGGAAGUUGGUAUCAAUUUGUCCAGUAUAAGAUUGAGACCAGUGGGUCUUCAAAGUGAUACCAUGAAUGUUGGUUUCAAUUCUAUAUUUGCAUAUUCAUAUCAUGAAGAAUCAAUUGAUAAUAGUAAUGGAGAAAUGUUAACUAAUAUAGCUGCUUUUGAAUUGGGAGCUACUUGUACAUCUUCCAGUUCAUUUAAUAAGUAUGAAUGUGAUAAAGGAAUUAACAGAGAACUUCAAACGGAAUGGGCCGCAAUAUGUCAAAGUGUAUGCAUUGAUCAGUUUAUAGAUAUUACUUUUCCAUAUCCAGCACAACCAAGGAAAUAUUGUUAUAUGAAUAGUGAUGUUGUCUAUCAACUAUACGAUAGUUUUCAAUAUAUCAAAUUCAAGGUUAAAGGUCAAGCUUUUGGUAUACCUAAUGAGUGUUCAUCAUUGGUUAUUAGUUUCAAGAGUAAAUUCAAGAAAGAAUUUUCAUUAAAGUUCGAUUCUGUGGUUACUGGCGAAGAAAGAUCUUCAAUUGAAAUUUACCAUAAUGGUACACAAACUGUUGAGGAGUUAAGUGAAACAAACUCACUAAUAAGUUGUGAAGUAUGGAAUGACUAUUGGCUUAGAAUUAAAGGUGAUGAAAUCAAAUUUGGCUCAGGUAGUUUCUAUAAUAAAAAUUUAUUAGCAAAAUUAAAAUUGCCUAAAUCAUUGGAAAUUGAGCAAAUAUUGUUCAGAAAUAAUUUAGGAAGUGACAUAGUUAAUAUGAUUCAAAUCACAGAAAAAAGUAUGUGUAAUUCAAAUUUUAAACUAUUUCUACAAUUGCUACUACUUCUUUGCAGGUUAUACAUCAUGUGGAUCCCACUACAAGGAAGAUAUGAAUAA